AUGACCGCAAGCAGUUUCUUUGAGAUGCAUUUGCGGACAAAAGGCACUACUUUUAUUCAUUCAUUCAUUACAUCUUUCUUGCAGUCUCCUUUUCUUUCUUUCUUUCUUUCUUUCUUUCUUUCUUCCUUUCUUUCUUGCUUUCUUUUUUCUUUCUUCCUGAAUAGGCUACUUUUAUUCAUUCAUUCAUUACAUCUUUCUUGCAGCUACUUUUAUUCAUUCAUUCAUCUUUCUUCAGUCUCAUUUCUUUCUUUCUUUCUUUCUUUUCUUUCUUUCUUUCUCAGCUUAUUGUUCAUCUGUUUAUUUCAUUUCUCUUUUUUCUGUUUUUCUUUCUUUCUUUCUUUCUUUCUUACUUUCUUUCUUAAUUUUCCCUUGACGCUUGAAAGCUACUUUUAUUCAUUCAUUCAUUACAUCUUUCUUGCAGUCUCCAUUUCUUUCUUUCUUUCUUUCUUUCUUUCUUUCUUUCUCCAGCUUAUUGUUCAUCUGUUUAUUUCAUUUCUCUUUUUUCUGUUUUUCUUUCUUUCUUUCUUUCUUUCUUUCUUUCUUUCUUUCUUUCUUUCUUUCUUUCUUAAUUUUCCCUUGACGCUUGAAAGCUACUUUUAUUCAUUCAUUCAUUACAUCUUUCUUUCUUUCUUUCUUUCUUUCUUUCUUUCUUUCUUUCUUUCUUUCUUAAUCUUCCCUUGA